AUGAAACAGCCAACGACUAAAGAUGAGGUAAAAUCAUUUCUAGGUAUUGUAAAUUAUUAUGGGCGAUUCAUAAGAAACUUGAGCACGGUGAUGUACCCGCUCAAUAGAUUACUACGCAAAGACAUACCGUUUCAUUUUGACACGGAUUGUAAGAAAUCAUUCAGCACGAUUAAACAGGUAAUCGAAUCCGAUACAGUGUUAACACACUAUGAUCCGCAGUUACCCAUUGUGCUAGCUGUGGAUGCGAGCCCGAUUGGGGUGGGGGCAGUACUUAGCCACGUUUAUAAAGACGGUACAGAGAAACCUAUACAGUUCGCGUCGCAGACGUUGAAUCAGACUCAACAACGUUAUAGCCAAGUGGAUCGAGAGGCGUACGCCAUUAUAUUUGGUGUGCGGAAAUUCAACCAAUAUUUAUUUGGCCGGAAAUUUAUCUUAGUCACCGACAACAAAGCUAUAGCUCAGAUAUUUUCGCCACAUAAGGGGCUGCCAACCCUGUCUGCGACAAGAAUGCAGCAUUACGCAAUUUACUUAGGAUCAUUUGAGUACGAAAUACGCGUAAAUAAAAGUAGCGAAAAUGCGAAUGCUGAUGCACUAUCGCGCCUGCCGUGCGCCAAUGUCAACGAAAACAUCGAUGAGGUGGACGUCAUCGAGACGCAGGUAAUUGAAAACUUGCCGGUAACAGUAACCGAAUUAAGUGGGGAAACUAAGAAGGCGGAUGAAGUAAAAAGACUCAUAGAAUGUUUACAAUAUGGCCGCGAUUGUGAACCGUCAUUUCGUUUCGGUAUAGCCCAGUCAGAGUUUUCUUUGCAAAGGGGUUGCUUGCUCCGAGGUAUGAGAGUGUUCCUUCCGAAGGGACUGCGCAAGAGGGUAUUAGCGGAAUUACACACGGGACAUUUUGGCAUAACCAAAAUGAAAAUAUUAGCACGCGCAUAUUGCUGGUGGAACCAACUCGACAAGGACAUAGAGGACUUGGUAUCAAAUUGUACGACAUGUCAAUCAAAUCGUCCCGAUCCAACUGCGGUGCCAGUACAUUGUUGGUUGCCACCAAAUAAAGUUUUUGAAAGAGUUCACGCAGAUUAUGCUGGCCCGUUCAUGGGAAAAUACCUUUUUGUGCUGGUGGACGCACUAAGCAAAUGGCCUGAAGUUCACAUCGUCAAUAACAUGACGGCGGAGACAACAGUAAGGCUAUGUGAAGAAAUAUUUUCAAGAUUUGGGUUACCAAGAGUGUUCGUCAGCGAUUAUGGCACACAGUUCACUUCAUAG